CAUCAUUAAUCCUUAACUCACUGUAUAAUCAUGUCACCAGAGACUCGAAAUAUUUGAAUCAAUCAGAAACUUGGAAAACUUAUCCAGAUAUUGGCACUAAAAAAAUGGGUUGGGUGAACAUACUGAUAGUAAUGGCUCUGUCGUUGUUAGUGGUGGUUAAAGCUGAUCUCAAGGAAGACCACCUAGAAGAACAUAAUCGGUUGAGAAAGAAGCAUGGAAGUCCGCCCCUCGAGUUGGACGACGAACUCUCAAAAAGAUGCGAAGCAUAUGCCAAGGUAUUAGCCGCUAAUGCAAAGCUAGAGCAUUCAAAGAGUGCCGGUAAAUAUAGUGAAAACUUGUGCAUAAGGUCAGAAGAGCCUCUGCAAUGUGUUCAAGACUGGUACGACGAAAUCUCGGAUUACGACUUCGAAAAGGGAAAGUUUGGCAUGACAACCGGCCAUUUCACCGCCAUCGUUUGGAAGAAUACGAAUAAAAUGGGUGUGGGACAAGCCACGGACUCAAAUGGUUACUACUGGGUGGUAGUAAGAUAUUAUCCACCAGGGAAUGUGAACGGUCAGUUCAAAGAAAAUGUUCUCCCUCUGAUCAAUGAGGAAGGCGAUGGCCAAGAAGGCAAUUUUAACAUGGUUCAAGUUAACACCAUUAUCAUCUUUAUCAUUCUUUGGGUUUGCUACCACAACACUAAUUAAGGUCAACAAUACUUUGGAAUUCUUUUGCCACACUGCUUGUAAAUUUUUAGUUUACCAAUUCAAAAAUCACAUAAUUAUGUAAAUUUAUAAUAAAAUUUGGAUUUUGAAGGUAAAGUGAGGAAGCUAAGUGC